UCUUGGAUAUGCGGAGUGAUUGUUUAGCGAGAAGAAUUGUGAACAUUUUGGAAAAAUUGAGCCUUUGUACCGAAGCCCUGAAGACUUGCGGAGGUGGAGCGACCGGGGAAAGAAAUCUCGACUCGGAAAAAUCCAGAAAACAAACCUGCAGGUGAACUGUCAAGAGAUUAACGUCCUGGUUCCAGAUCCAGUCCUCAGCUCCACGGUGAAACACUGGGACUCAAACUGACAAACAAACAGUGAAAGAAGGCAUGAAGAAAACAUCCUAGUCGUCAGUCAUGGCCGAUAAAAGGAAACUUCAAGGUGAAAUAGAUCGAUGUCUGAAAAAAGUAGCGGAGGGAGUGGAACAGUUCGAAGACAUCUGGCAAAAGGGUUAUGACCCACUCCUCCACAACAUUUCAUGGAAAUCACUUCACAACGCAGCCAACGCAAACCAGAAGGAGAAAUAUGAAGCAGACCUCAAGAAAGAGAUUAAAAAGCUCCAGCGUCUUCGAGACCAGAUCAAGACGUGGGUGGCGUCCAACGAGAUCAAAGACAAACGGCAGCUAGUAGACAAUCGGAAACUCAUAGAGACGCAAAUGGAGCGGUUCAAGAUUGUGGAGAGAGAAACCAAGACUAAGGCCUACUCAAAGGAAGGACUGGGUCUGGCCCAGAAGGUGGAUCCAGCCCAGAAGGAGAAGGAGGAGGUCGGGACGUGGCUCACGAAUAUGAUCGACACGUUAAACAUGCAGGUGGAUCAGUUCGAGAGUGAAGUGGAGUCUCUGUCGGUCCAGACAAGAAAAAAGAAAGGAGACAAAGAGAAGCAGGACCGGAUUGAGGAGCUGAAGAAGUUUAUCGAAAAGCAUCGGCACCACAUCCGGAUGCUGGAGACGAUACUGAGGAUGCUGGACAACGACUCGGUGCAGGUGGACUCGAUCAGGAAGGUCAAGGACGACGUGGAGUACUACGUAGACUCGUCGCAGGAUCCAGACUUUGAGGAGAAUGAGUUUCUGUACGACGACCUGGAUCUGGAAGACAUUCCUCAGACGCUGGUCGCCACCUCCCCGCCGGGAACAUCUCACUUGGAGGACGAGAUCUUCCAGCACUCCAGCAGCACUCCCACCUCCACCACCUCGUCCUCACCCAUCCCCCCCUCGCCUGCCACUUGCACUACGGAGAACUCGGAGGACGACAAGAAGAGAGGACGUUCAACGGACAGUGAAGUUAGUCAGUCGCCUGUGAAGAACGGAAACCCCUCCUCCUCAUUAUCCUCUUCCUCAUCCUCGUCCUCCUCCUCGUCCUCCUCGUCCUCCUGCUCCUCUUCUUCCUCUGUCUCAGGACUGACCCCAUCUUCGCUGGUCUCUAUGGUGACCAUCGCCGGGGCCGGAGGCAGCGGCUCUGGGGGCAACGGUCAUCACGGCAACUCGGGGGGUCUCCUCUCCAACACCUCCGCCGGCAGCUACAGCAACGCCACCCAGCAGCAACCGCACCCGUCGGCACAGCAACCACAGGCCAAAAUCUCUGUUAGCUCCUCCUCCUCCUCCUCAGCUCCCGUCACCAACCCCAGCACCAACAGCCACCCCGCCUCCUCAGCCUCCUUGCCCCCCAGCAUCGGCACGCAGGUGCUCCUGACGUCAAACCCCCAGCCCCUCGCUCCGUUGGGGCCCGCUCCGACCUCCAACAGCUUCGGCCUCGGCCUCUCUCUGGGAAAAGGCGGCAUGUCAGGCUCCAUCUCCGCCGGCCCGAUGUCCGGGGGCCUCGGCUUGUCAGGGAUGCCGGCGUCCCUGAGCAGCAUGGCGAGCCUUCUAUCCGGCUCCACCCCAGCGCCGUACGCUCAGGCGGCUGCCUCGGGUGCGGUCGGCUCCGGUUUACCGGGCUCCCUGGGAGGCGUCAUCACCACGUCGACGAGCAACAACGCAGUGGGCUCCAUCGGCAGCGGGAGCAUCACGGUCGGUGGGCCGACGUCCUCAUCAGGAGGCUUGCUGGGUUCGUCGACGGUGGUGAGCGGCAUCAGCUCUGGGAUUCUGGGUUUGGGCUCCAGCCCGUCGGGGGUGCAGGGCCCGUCUCUGGUGUCACUGAGCCCGGUAGGAAGCCUCGCCCCGGGGAGCGGAGUGGGAGUCAUCGGGAGCAGCGGAAGCAGCUCGGGAUCGGCCGGGAGCGGAGUGGUGGGAGUAAACUUGUCGCUCUCCGUCGGCCCAACGAGCCGACAGAAGCAGAACGGAAGCACUAGUUACAGUGCUGUGGUCGGUGACAGCGCAACAGAGUCCGCCCUCAUCAGUGUCAGCCAAUCACAGAGCAGCCAACCCUCGUCUUUGACCUCCGCAGCCAAUCAGCUUAAGGACACUGGUCCCAGUUUACUGGGCUCCCUCACUUUGUCGUCCAGCUCUCCGUCGCCAGCCUCCUACAGCGAGGCCAAAAUGGUGAGCUGCGGCGGCAGCCUGCUGAAUGGGCCGCUGUCAUACUCGCAGUCCUCUGAUAGCAUCAAGCCCCAGGAGCCUCUGAGCAGCCUGAAGUCCAUGGCCGAGCGAGCAGCACUCAGCUCAGGGAUGGAGGGAGACAUGCCUUCGCUGCACCUCACCCCAGACAUCUUCACCAGCAGCACUACGGGCCCCUCGGGCCCCCCGUCGGCGCCUCAGUCCUCGUUGUCGGAGGUCAGCAUCCCCCCGUCGCUGGGGGUCUGCCCGCUGGGGCCGGUCCCCCUGUCCAAAGACCAGCUCUACCAACAGGCCAUGGAGGAGGCAGCGUGGACGCACAUGCCCCACCCGUCCGACUCCGAGAGGAUCAGGUGCAGUGAAAUGCAGUACCUGAUGAGGAACCCCUGCCCCACGCUGCCUUUCCACCACCAGGUGCCGCCACCCCACUCCGACACGGUGGAGUUCUACCAGAGGCUUUCCACGGAAACGCUCUUCUUCAUCUUCUACUACCUGGAGGGCACUAAGGCCCAGUAUCUGGCAGCCAAAGCUCUGAAGAAACAGUCCUGGAGGUUCCACACCAAGUACAUGAUGUGGUUUCAGAGGCACGAAGAACCCAAGACCAUCACCGACGAGUUCGAGCAGGGAACGUACAUUUACUUUGACUAUGAGAAAUGGGGCCAGCGGAAGAAGGAAGGUUUUACGUUUGAGUACCGGUACCUAGAAGACCGUGACCUCCAGUGACCUCCAGAGAUGAGCGAGAGAAAAAACAACAGCAAGCGAGCCAUGAAUGCAGAAGGGGGCGGUCCUCGGGGAUCUGACCUCAGCUCGCUGGGGGGAGAAAGGAAGACGUUCUGAGUCAGAGGGCAAGACUCCUCCCACCCCGUCCUCCCCUAUUCCUCCUAUCCACCUCCUCCAUCACCAGGUCUUUUAUUUCCAUCCUUUCCCUGAUUCUUUAAAAAAAACAACAACAACAAGACUUCAGUUUGUGCUGGCAGAUAAAAAAACAACAACAACAACAAUAACACCCAAUAUGCAGACGACCACGUGCUUUUGUUUUUCUUCCCCGCUUCGUGUCAUCCUGUUAUGUUGUGGCUUUAAAAAAGCUCUCGUUGACCUUCGCCCCCAUAAGAACCAAAGAUAAUUUGUUAUAAACACACAGAACAGGCUCCGCCCCCUUUGAAACACGAAGAGGCCCAACCAUCGAUCGGACGGAUGCGGCAGCAGGAGGCAGGUGGAAGAUGUGACGGAGGAGGAGAUGAUCAGAGAGGCUGAGAACUCAAAGUUUUCUGAUCUGCAAUCGAUUUACAAACCGGAGCGAUUUGAACGAUCAAGCUGCUGUGAAAAUUACAACCUUCACAAAAACACGUCCUUCGGAUCGUACGGAAUAUGUUUCCAAAUAAAAAGUCAAACCGCAACGUUUUCGGUUCUCGGGAGUUUUACGAGCAGCAGCGGCGAGUCAGUGAGGCUUCGAAUUAAAGGGUUGGUUCACUCAAAUGACACAAGAGGAAAACAUUUAGUUUUGUUUCUCUUUAUGCAGGUUUUUCAUUUAUUGAUCCAUCAACAGAGGAGGAGAAAAACCUCAAACGAAAUCAUCAUGUUUCAGGUGGUAAAAGAAAUAAAUGUAAAGGUUUUUUUUUUUUUUGUAAUUUGGGUGAACUGGUCCUUUAACAAGAGAAGCUUCGGCAGUGAUACGAGAGUCCGUCUCCUUCCUCCUCCUCCUCCUCCUCCUCUCCGUGAUGAAGAGCACACACACACCAGCACUUCCUGCUGCUUCCUGCUCCGUGUUCACACUGCGGAUCUGAUAACAGACACAAACUUCCCGGUUCUAACUACCAACAAGUCUCCUCGUCCUGCUGCCAAACACACUGCAGCUCAUUCUGGUUCUUUUUCUUCCUCCUCCUCUUCGUCUUCAUCUUCUCUCCGCGCCAGGUAGAUAUGUCCUUUGUUUCUCAGGAAGUAUUUGAUAGAUCUUUUAUGAGGAAAUAAAUCCGCCAGCAGCUCCAAACGCCACAGCACAACAACAACACGACUAAAUAAUCACCCCCCAACAGAUUAGCAGCAUUAAAAUUUGUAAUCUUUUUUUUUCAUUUGCGUUUUCCCCCUCUGUCGCUUUUCUCACCAGUGGCUCUUUUCAUUUCACUUUUUAAAAAAAUUACAAUAAAAAAAAAUAUAUAUAUAUUGUCCUCCAAUGUUUGGAGCAGCACCUGGACGAGAGACCAUCUUUAUAUUUUGUAUUUUCUGAAUUUCCUGUGGUAGUUUGUAUAUUCCGUUUUUCUUUCUGUCGGAGAAAAGGGGAAAGAUCCUCCGAACGGGAGCGUGGUGUGUUUUUAUAGCCAAACAGACACGGACGGAAAACUCGACACCUUUUCACUCGACUCGCUUUUAACCUUUCCGUUUACUUCCUCUUCUUUUUUUUUUGACAAGUGGAAGGGAUGAGAGGUCGAACCCGAGAGCCCAAAUGUGAAUGUCUCUCUGCCCCUUGACAAAAGUGUUGUAUAGACUCAUUCGUCAAACCCUCUUCCUUGUUUUCUUCUUUUUUUUCUUUUGUUUGUUGUUGUCGUCAGACAGCAUUGAAUAAUGACACUUGCAAAGUGGCGCUGAAAAAGUAAAUAAUGAAAUAACCAUGAAUAAAGGAUUGUAAAAUAUUAAAAAAUAAUUACUUUUCAGAAAA